AGACGGAAGUUAAGCGAUUUCCACUCAUAGUGCCAGCACGCACUUAACAAUUCCAACGCUAUAACUUGUCUCUUUGCAUGAAUUCGUAUUGUUGCUGACUAAGCUCGGCACGCAUUCUCCUUCCCGACCCAGCCGUAUCGAACCCUUCGACUGAAGGUCCAGGCGCGUACAAGGUCGACUUCUACCACGACAACCAGAUCCAGCGCUGGUACGACGACAGCCUGCGCUGGUGCCUGGAGUCCUCGCAGCUGGCCACCGAGGAGUCUGCUCACAAACUUGUUUCCCAGUUGGACCAAGUGUACUACGUUGAUAGGCACGAGACCAUACGCAUUCCGGGGGAAGUAGUUUUCCAGGACCUGCACGUCCAGGAUGCCAUACGAGCUCAGCAGUUUGAAGAACUAGCGUCUGGGGAGCGAUACAGCAUGAAUGAUCUAGAGGAACUUGAGAAACUCCAAACGGAGCUGAACGCAAUGAAGGACACCCUACGCGGCAUGCUGACUGAACUCAACGAUGCUGUGAAGCUGACCGGAGACCAAACGCUUAUCGGGGACUAUCAUUUUGAUCACCUCACACUGGACUGCCCGGCGCACGGCUGCCAACUGGGUCAGCUCGAGACCCUUUACCUGAACAAGGAGGAAGUCUCCAACCUUCCCAGCCGCCUGUUCUUCACCAACGUGCCUCAGUUCCCCAACGUUCCCAUGUCGUUCGAGAGCCUCAGUGUGCAGAGCUUGCAGGCCGACGGGCUCGUCAACGGACUAAAUGUCUCUACUAUCGUUACCGUCUCUGGGAAUCAUGCUCUCAAUGGUAACAUCCGCUUCGCGAAUCCGGUUCAUGCCCUCAACGACGUCCUCACUGCUGGCCUUAGUGGCGUCGUCUUCUCGCCUCAUCAUCUCCUUCUCACAGAAGGCGAUCAAGUUCAGAGUGCAGAACUCACGAUGACAGACGCCACUGCUCAUGUCCUGCACGUUACUGGAUCUUGCAAUGGUAUUAGCAUCGACAAAUUCUACCAGAAUGCAUUGACUCGUCAUGGAAACCACGUAAUAACUGGUCGCAAGAUUGUGCGCGACCUCGCUGCGGAGGGUAUGCUCCAGAUCAGUGACUCGGGACUCUUCAACAACGUUAACCUGCACGAUCUCUGGCGCUCAGUCAUGUGGGUCCACGGACACCAAGUCGUCACAGCUGCCCACGAAUAUAUGAACAUCCAGUUUAGCGACGUCAGCGUGCGCGGUACUGUCAAUGGCCUCCAGAUACCAGGACCUGACGUUGUGUUGGUCAACCAGAACGUCACAAUUACGGCUGAAAAAGUGUUCCUUGCCGACUGUUCAGCACGGGAGCUCCACGUGAACGUCGCUCUCAAUGGAAUUCGGCACAUUCCGGAUCCGGCCUCUGACUGGAAGGGUCAGCUUGACAUGCUGGUGAAAACGCCAAUACAGCGUAUCACAGGACGAAAAACGUUUACCAGUUUACAUUUGGACGGACACAGCACCGUUGGACGAUAUGUCGAUGGUGUGGACUUGUCACAGUUGGCGGAAUUCCUGCGUAGGCGGCGCACCACCGUUAUGAACGGGACGUGGACAUUCAAGGGCAAGGUUGUUUUCGAAGAUAAAGUAACCGUUACGGGAUUAGUCAAUGAUCGCAAAUUGGACGACUUGUAUCGCUACGCCCUCCGCAUUGACGCGCCUGUUUUUCCAAACUUCAAGAAAGUUGUCUUCGCAAACAACGUGCAGGUACGCAAUCUCACUUGCUCAGACAUCAAUGGACUUCAUAUACCGUCGUCAUUCGUUCUGCGGCGUGGACCAAAAGUAAUGCACGGUGAAAAAGUGUUCGCCAAACUCAGACUCGCUGGGGAAGUCGUCGUUAAAGGACUCGUCAACGGCGUCAACCUCGGUGUUUGGAAAGAUUCGCUUCUGACCCGCGGUAACCAGGCUGUUCGUGCUCCUAAAUUCUUCAUGAGGAACCUACACGUAAAGAACCUCGUCGUCGAAGAGACCAUAAACGGUGUGACCAUUGCGGAUUUCUGUCGCCUCGACGAAAACUGCUUAAUCACUGCUCCUAAGGACUUUGAGACACUCACCGUAGACGGUGGCUUGACGGCCAACAAUUUCAUCGUGAGAAACAGAAUCAAUGGUGUUCGUGCAGCGGAACUUCUUCAGGACUCCAUGCUUUACUCUGCUCACCAAGUUGUCUCUGGGCGCAAGAUCUUCGCCGGCAACUUAACGGUUCCACGCCACGCUAACGUGCGCACAAGCAACUUUUCGGGAGUCUCGCUCGGCGAACUUUACCUUGACGCUGUCCAGCUGAGAGGAAACCAAGUCAUCACAGGAGAGAAGGUAUUCUCCACCACCAUAACGGCACCAAGGUUUGAAUUCGAAACUCUUCUGGAUGGCGUCUCACAAGAGGACAUAAGCAAUUGGAUGCUUCAAGGAGUAGAUCAAGUGAUCAGUGGUGACAUGGUGUUCGAAAACAGCCUGGAAGCUCUCGGACCACUCAUAGUCCGUGGCACUAUAAACGAAGUUAAUAUACAAGAACUCUUUAGCAAAACUGCUUUCAAAAACGAGUCAACGACGUUUGCAGGCCCUGUUAGGUUCGAGUUCCUCGGUUCGAUGGCUGAUGUGCAUGUGAGUGGUACUGUCCAGGGCAUUGAUAUAUCUGAAGAAGUUGUCGACGCCACAAAGAACGUAACGUUGUCCGGGAGAAAGUUCAUGAAGAAGGGAUUCAAUGUUGACGGAAACAUGUGGGUCAGCGGACUAGUGGAUUCGGUCAAAGUGGAGGAGCUCUGCAAAAAAGCCCUGACUGCCUCCGGUAAUCAAUUCGUUGCCCCGACGACCGUCCUAGGUGAUGUUACCUUCCACAGGGGCGUGAAGGUUGACGGGCUCGUCGAUGGUGUGGAUCUGCGAGAGCUGCAUUCAUCUUGCGCCAAGACAAAUGUUCCCGCGACGCUGCGAGGAAGCAAAAGGUUCAGGAACAUCGUAAUCGAAGGGCCUGUGACACUCAGGGGUACAUUGAACGGCUUCAACUUUGACUAUCUAAAGGAUCAUUACAUGAGCGUUUCCAGAGACCAGAUUGUCGAAACCAAGCUGAAAAUGCACGCUGCGCAUAUCCAUGGUUCACUGCAUUGCGCCAGCGUCGAGACUCCACUGGUGAACGGGCUCAGUUUGCCUUUAUUCGUGAGCUCUGCGUUGCGGACAGUGGGUGAUCAGACCCUCUCCGUGCCCUGCAAGUUCCACAACGCUGUGUUCAGCGGGGACGUGACUGUUAACGGAAAUGUCAAUGGACUGCAACUUCCACUAGACGUGUUCACUAAAGUCCGCACCAACGUGGUUUCCGGGACAUUGACAGUGACCGGAAACGCAACCAUUGCUGGCACCCUGACCAUGCCGGAGUCUGCGCGCUUGCAGGGCGUCGACGUGGCCGCUUGGGCAAAGAUCGCUGUAUUCAACGACGGCCGCGAAUACAGAAUUAGCGGUGCCAAAGCGCUCCGAAAUGUACACACCGGCAACGCAAACGUCCAGGGCACCGUGGACGGGAUCAAGGUAUCAUCCAGUGAACUGCUGACGACAUCGAAGGAACAAGUUAUAACUGGGAAGAAAACUGUACUAGGCAAUGCAGCUGUUCACGAUCUACGCGUCACGGGCUACCUGAACGGUGUCAACAUUCACGAAUUUGUUCAUCAGGCCAUGCUGAAGAGCAGGAACAACACGGUCACCGCACCUAAACGGUUCACAAGUGGAUUAAGUAUUGCCACACUCCACACGACGGGUCACAUCGGAAACGUCAGCUUACGAGAGCUGAAGCAAAGCAUCAGAUCCGUCGGCGAACUGGAAGCGCUCACCCGUCAGCUCGGACAACAUACAAACCGAAUUAAGGAACUAGGCGCCGCAUUCCAAGAACAAGCGGUCCUUCUCGCCUACUACGAGCAGAUAUUUGCCUUCACUGUGGGUCCAUCCUAUUCUGCUCUCUAUGCACCUCUGCGAGACUCUUCCGAGAUAUUCGUUAUUAGUUCGCCGGCUUUUCGUCACCAGCCCUGCGGAAUUCUGAAAACCUUCAAACUCCAGGUGCCGUACACGAGAGCACUCCCUGUGCAAGAGGAUACUCCAGUUGCCCAAGGCUCUUCACUUCACCUCUUAUCCACUCAAGCAGCAGAUUACAUCAUUGUCGUCAAUGCAAACGCUGACCCCUUGUGCUCAAAGGAAGUGCCUAUUCUAGGUGUUCAUGGUGUGGGCUACAGCUCUGUAGAGAUCUUCAGGUGGAAUCCUGGGACCAAAUCUCUCAAUCUGUACCAAGUUUUCAGAAUGAACGCCCUGAGGAGCGUAUCCCCAUUCAACUACGAAGCACUGGGGUGUCUAGCAGUAUCCGCUGCCGGAUACUUGAAGAUUGCCUGUGUACAUGACACGUCUAAAGGAUUCGUCGUUCACCAGAACUUGCCUAUGCAUUACAGCCACGAGGUAUCAGCCCAUCUCUGCCCCAAAGACGGCUCUGUGUUGAUAGCCGUAUCGGCCAAGCAGCCCGGCCAGUUCGACCGCGUCUUCUCGUACCGUUGGUCCCGGCGUGGUCUCCAGAAAAUGGCCAGCAUCGCUGCAGUCUCCGUCGGCUCUGUGGCUGUUCUUGGACAUCCUGACGCUUGCCUCGUGGUGGUCGGUCAGCGAAGUGUGGCCGGCGCGGACACGCCUACGUCGGUGUACAGCUACGUUCCCGGGCGCCACCAGGAGAUGCUGGAAGUGCAGAAGUUGUUCGCAGGCGAUGUGCAAUCCAUCAGCUGGUUGCCAUCGCCUGACGGCCGUACGAGCCUAAUGUUCGUGCGCUCUAGCGGAGCGGGAAAGAAUCUCAAGGUCUACGCCUUCAAAGGAGCUUCCGGUUUUCUCGAGCAAGAAUCUCUUCACGUGGAUGAAUCCUUCCGGGAGGUGCGAACUUUCCGAAGGCCCGAUGGCCUGCAUUUCGUCACGUUGUCCAACAGCCGCGACGAACCUUCGGCAGUUAUCUUGGCCUCCAAGGUCAAGGGAACGCCCUACAGCCAUCUUUAGACAGGCGCUUGUUUAGCGUUUUUUCUUAACAUAUUUUACAAAUUGUUACGUCUGACCCAUCUACACUUGUUAUCUGGUUCAUAGAACUGUAACUAUGACAUAAUACAAUAAACUUUUACAUGUUUUUACAAAGACUGUUGAUUGUCCGAGUGUUGUCUUCACGCAUCUUGCCACGUGUAUCACUCGACAGACGGAAAAUAUUCCUAUGACAGUUGCUCGCUCGUGCGAUAUUACUUGCACGAUUUCGGCAACUAGCACGAUGCUGCGCUUCUCACUACCAUUAAAGGAGAUGCAAAAUGCUGACGCGCGUUGCGCACAAAGUACAAUAAAUCAUCACAUUGACUAUAGUUGCAUUGAGACAAUUGUGACACGCAUUACAUGACAAAAUUCUGCUUUGAAAGGUAUCGAUCUGCGAAAGAUUCCGGUGGCACUGCUUGCAGUAGCUAAAAUUCCAGCCCACUUCUUUAACAAAAAAAUAGUUUUUUUUUUGAAUCCUGCUCCCAAACAUGUCAUCCCUACUACACCAUAUAAAAGCGUUCAUGCAUUCUGUCGAAUGAAAGGCCUGUCGAUAUGCUUCGGCGUCUCGCUGAUAAGAGCGUUUCUGGACAAAAUGUGCACUAGUUCAUUACGGGAGCUCUGCUCUUGCAUUAUAUGAAAACUACCGGAAUUAUUUUAGCCCUUUCCCUUGGCCGAGUUUUAGACAAAAUCCGAUUUAAGGAGAUAGGCGCAUCCGA